UAUCAUACUACUACACUCAGUCCACACAAUUUUCCCUUUGGUACCUACAACAAAAUUUUGAGUUCAUAAAAUUUAUUAGUACGAGACAACACAAGGGUUAAUUAAUCACAUUCAUAUAUAUGAAAUGGAAAAAAAAGUUGCAAUUGUUGGAACAGGAAUAAGUGGCUUACUUGCAUGCAAAUAUGUUCUAGAGAUUGGUUUACAUCCAAUUGUAUAUGAAGCUGAUGAUGAAAUUGGUGGAGUAUGGAAGCAAACUAUUCAAUCUACCAAACUCCAAACAAACAAAGAAUUCUAUCAAUUUUCAGAUUUUCCGUGGGAUUCUUCAAUAAAAGAAGAUUGUCCAAGUAAUCAACAAGUGUUACAUUAUGUUAAGUCCUAUGCUCAACAUUUUUCUAUCAUUCCUUACAUUAAAUUCAAUUCUAAAGUCAUUGAUAUAGAUUAUGUUGGAAGUCAAUCUAAUGAAGAUAUUAAGUCAUGGGAAUUAUGGGGUGGUAAUGGUAGUCCUUUUUCCACCAAGGGUACAUGGAAUCUUGCUGUCCAAGAUACUAAGAAUUUCACCACAGAGAUCGUUCGGGAGAACCCGAGAUCAACUCCUGGAGUCACUCAUCCUUGCACAAUUAUCCCAAGAACCAUACACUGGUUUAUCCCAGAUUUUAAAAUUGGGAGCAUUAAUCUUGGAUUCUUAUAUUACAACCGUUUUGCGGAGCUUUCACUUCACAAGCCUGGAGAACCAUUCCUACUUAGCCUUUUGGCCACUUUACUUUCACCACCGAGAAUGGGAAUUUCAAAACUUGUUGAAACAUAUUUAAGAUGGAAGUUGCCACUGAAGAAGUAUGGGUUGAUACCUAAUCAUAGUUUUCUUCAAGAUACCACUGCAUAUCGAACUGGGGUGCUUCCAGAUUUUUUCUUUGACAAAGUGAAAAAUGGAUCCAUUGUUAUAAAGAAAUCACAAAGCUUUAGCUUCUACAAAGAUGGUUUAAUCAUUAAUGGUGAAAGUAAACCCCAUGAAACAGAUCUAGUUAUUCUUGCUACAGGAUAUAAAGGUGACCAAAAACUUAGAAGCAUAUUCAAAUCUUCAAUAUUUCAAAAUUAUAUAAAUGGGUCCCUAAACUCAGCAAAUUCAAUUCCCCUCUACAGGCAAAUAAUUCACCCUCGAAUUCCACAACUUGCAAUAAUAGGAUACGAUGAGAGCUUAUCAACUGUUCUUACUAAUGAAUUGAGAUGUCAAUGGUUAGCACAUCUUUUGAAUGAAAACAUUGAACUACCAAGUGUAAGAGAAAUGGAGAAGGAUAUAAAAAUGUGGGAAGACAACAUGAAACAAAAUACUAAAAAUUUUAAUAAGAGAUCAUGCAUUGUUACUUGUGGUAUAUGGUAUAAUGAUCAAUUGUGCAGAGACAUGAAAUGUAACCAUCUAAGAAAGAAGAAUACUUUUGCUGAGCUAUUUGAACCAUAUGGGCCUACUGAUUAUAAUGGUCUUCUCCAUAAGUGUUUGUGAGUCCGAGGAAACUCGGAAGAAAUAUCAGGCCAAUACUUCAAGACAAUAAGAGAUAGAAGCCACAUCUUCAUCCAAAGUUUUAUUAUUUCAUAGUCGAUGUGAUACUUAACUACUGACUCUUAAAACCUAAUAAGAAGUGAAUUCAUCUAUGGUUGAUUGGUUAUUUUGUUUCCUUCUUUAUAUAAUGUUAUUUGUUUUCUUUUGAUACCUAUAAUAAGAUCUUAUUGUAUUUUUCAUUUGUGAAGUACAAAAUAAGUGGUGUAGUAAGAAAA